AUGGGAGAACGACGGAGACUUGGCGAUGUCGCGGUAAAUCUUUUAUUGUUCGCCGGCAUGAUGACUGCGGGAUUGUACAUAGCCAGAAACUUGUUGACACCUAUGCUGAGCAAUCUUGCCGACCCAGACAAAGAGAAGCGCGAGCAAACACGGAGACAGGCAAAAGCACACCUUGAACGAUUGAAUAGACGUCGCAACGAGGUCGAAAAUUCAUCGCGGGAUAUGGACGAUGGGAAUAGGGCUGGCAAAGUAGAUGAUUUAGUUCUCAACGAGUAUGAAAACUUAGUUGCAUUAGAAAUGGUGCCGCCUGAAGACAUACACGUUUGCUUUGAAGACAUUGGCGGCCUCGACGAUAUUAUUGAAGAACUACAAGAAUCAGUCAUCUACCCACUCACAAUGCCGCAACUGUAUUCCCAUACAUCGCCUCUACUUUCAGCGCCGCCGGGAGUGUUACUUUUUGGACCUCCUGGAUGUGGAAAAACAAUGCUUGCAAAGGCAUUGGCUCACGAGAGCGGUGCGUCAUUUAUCAAUCUUCACAUUUCUACAAUGACGGAGAAAUGGUAUGGGGAUUCAAACAAAAUAGUACGCGCUGUUUUCUCGUUGGCGCGCAAGAUGCAGCCAGCUAUCAUAUUUAUUGACGAGAUAGAUGCCGUUUUGGGGACGAGGAGAAGCGGAGAAAACGAGGCAAGUAGCAUGGUCAAAGCCGAGUUCAUGACAUUAUGGGACGGCCUUACAUCAGCAAAUUCAUCAGGUCUACCAGCUCAAAUUGUUGUUCUUGGUGCUACGAACCGCAUCAACGACAUCGAUGAAGCGAUUUUGCGUCGUCUGCCCAAAAAGUUUCCAGUACCACUCCCGGGUUUGGAACAACGACGCAAGAUUCUGCAGCUGGUAUUACAAGAUACCCAAACAGACGAACAUGAUUUUGACUUGGCCUAUGUGUCAAUGAUCACAGCUGGAAUGUCAGGAAGUGACAUCAAAGAAGCAUGUCGAGAUGCCGCCAUGGAGCCAGUUCGAGAGUACAUGCGACGGCACAGAACUGAAGGGCGCCGAAUGGCAUUUGUCGACCCUCAAGAGUUCCGCGGUAUCAGAACUAACGAUUUCUUUGGGAAGCGAGCAAGACAAAAUGAUACAGGCACUGGAAAUUCGCAUUCGCAAGUUACCAUGCAUGGACAGCCAAGCCAAACCCGAACGUCCACCAGCGAGUAUAAAAAUUGGCAUCAACCUGUUGCGGAAAAUAAGGAUUAG